AUCUAGACACACUCUUCGCCAGCUGCUUUCUAGCAGUGCGGACCGACGUGCAUAUUCAUUUUCAUCUUUGGCAUGCUUUAUUUUUCCCAUCGGAAAAUCAUAUCAGCUCGUGUUUAUUACAAUAUAGGAUUUUAAGAAAAAAUGGCCACCGUCGAGGAGCUGAAGCUGCGAAUCCGUGAGUUAGAAAAUGAACUAAUUAAAUCCAAACAGAAGCAAAGUGAUGCUGAACAUCAUCUCAGACCAAAGAUUGAUCAAAUGAGUGCUGAAGUCGUAGACUCAAAUCCAUACAGUCGUCUGAUGGCACUCAAAAGGAUGGGCAUAGUUCAAGACUACGAGAAAAUCCGCUCGUAUGCUGUGGCAGUGGUGGGAGUUGGAGGAGUGGGGAGUGUCACUGCAGAAAUGCUCACCAGAUGUGGCAUUGGUAAGUUGCUGCUGUUUGACUAUGAUAAGGUGGAGUUGGCCAACAUGAACCGGCUCUUCUUCCAGCCACAUCAGGCAGGGCUCAGUAAAGUUGAGGCUGCUGAACACACUCUUAGGAACAUUAAUCCAGAUGUUGCUUUUGAGACCCACAAUUACAACAUUACCACAAUGGACAACUUCACGCAUUUCAUGAACCGCAUUAGUCACGGAGGACUUGAGGAGGGGAAGCCUGUGGAUAUGGUCCUCAGUUGUGUUGAUAACUUUGAGGCUCGGAUGGCCAUUAAUACUGCAUGUAAUGAGUUGGGUCAGAUUUGGAUGGAGUCAGGCGUCAGUGAGAAUGCCGUUUCUGGACACAUUCAGCUCAUCAUCCCUGGAGAAACUGCUUGUUUUGCUUGUGCACCUCCCCUCGUAGUGGCUGCCAAUAUCGAUGAGAAGACGUUGAAAAGGGAUGGGGUUUGUGCUGCCAGUCUGCCCACCACAAUGGGAGUGGUCGCCGGGCUCCUUGUGCAAAAUGUUCUGAAGUAUCUGUUGGGGUUUGGGACAGUGAGUUAUUACCUGGGCUAUAAUGCCAUGCAGGAUUUCUUCCCGAGCAUGGCAAUGAAGGCCAACCCACAGUGUGACGACAGACACUGCAGACAACAACAGGACGAGUACAAGAAAAAAGAAGUAGAGCAGCCAAAGCAGGAAGUGGUACAGGAUGAAGAGGAAGUGGUGCAUGAGGACAAUGAAUGGGGCAUUGAGCUUGUUUCAGAGGUGUCAGAGGCAGAGCUUCAGGAUGCAUCAGGACCGGUACCAGAUCUGCCGGAGGGCAUUACUGUAGCCUACACCAUACCUGAGAAAGUACGACCCACUGAAUUAUAACA